CCACGCGGUUGCCUAACGGCUCUGCUCCGUGGCCGCCUUUCAGAGAAGAAACAGAGGGAGGAAACGCAAAAAAAAACUCAUCUCUCUCUCUCUCUCCCCCCACCUCCCUCUCUCUCUCUCUUGUGUGUGAGGUGGCGAGCCUGAGGGAGCGGAGGCCACAAGUCCAAUCCGCCCGUAUCUAAUCCGUUCUUGCGCCGCGACGAGGAGGAGGAAGAGGGGGCAGCGGCGCGGUCGGGCUUGAUUCGGGCUCAUCCGUUCCUCGCGGGGGCGCACGCACGGUUGGCAUUUGGAGUGUGAGGCCUCGGCUUCUCUGAAUCCUGAAGCACGGUUGAGCCAUGGCUGGCUCCCUUGCUGCCUCAGCCUUCUUCCCUGGUCCAGGGGCUUCUCCGGCAGCAUCCGCCAAAACAUCAAAGAACUUGGCUGGUGAAUUACCGGAUAAUUUGAGCGUCCGUGGUAUUGUUGCAAAACCUAACGCCCCUUCGGGCAACAUGCAAGUGAAGGCUCAAGCACAGGCUCUUCCCAAGGUUAAUGGCACCAAGGUUAACCUCAAGAGUGCAAGCACAGACAAAGAGGAGGCGAUACCCUACACUGCUCCUAAAACAUUCUACAACCAACUGCCAGAUUGGAGCAUGCUUCUUGCAGCUGUCACUACCAUCUUCCUGGCAGCAGAGAAGCAGUGGACACUGCUUGACUGGAAGCCGAAGAAACCCGACAUGCUUGUUGAUACAUUUGGUUUUGGUAGGAUCAUCCAGGAUGGGCUGGUGUUUAGGCAGAACUUCUUGAUUAGGUCCUAUGAGAUUGGUGCUGAUCGUACGGCUUCUAUAGAGACAUUAAUGAACCAUUUACAGGAAACAGCUCUUAACCAUGUGAAGACAGCUGGCCUUCUUGGAGAUGGUUUUGGCGCCACGCCAGAGAUGAGCAAGCGAAACCUGAUUUGGGUUGUCAGCAAAAUUCAGCUUCUUGUUGAGCAAUAUCCCUCGUGGGGAGAUAUGGUUCAAGUGGACACAUGGGUAGCUGCUGCUGGAAAAAAUGGCAUGCGUCGAGACUGGCAUGUUCGUGACUAUAACUCUGGACGUACAAUCUUGAGAGCUACAAGUGUUUGGGUGAUGAUGAAUAAGAACACUAGAAGGCUUUCAAAAAUGCCAGAUGAAGUUAGGGCUGAGAUAGGCCCGUAUUUCAAUGGCCGCUCAGCCAUAACAGAUGAGCAAAGUGAGAAGUUGGCUAAGCCAGGGAGCACUUCUGAUGGUGAUACUAUGAAACAGUUCAUAAGAAAGGGUCUCACUCCUAGGUGGGGCGACCUUGAUGUCAACCAGCAUGUGAAUAAUGUCAAGUAUAUUGGUUGGAUUCUUGAGAGUGCUCCGAUUUCAAUCCUGGAAAAGCAUGAGCUUGCAAGCAUGACACUGGAUUACAGGAAGGAGUGUGGCCGUGACAGCGUGCUGCAGUCGCUCACCACCGUCGCAGGCGAAUGUGUGGACGGCCACGCAGACUCCACCAUCCAGUGUGACCACCUGCUGCAGCUGGAAUCAGGAGCCGACAUCGUGAAGGCGCACACAGAGUGGCGCCCGAAGCGGGCGCACGGUGGUGAAGGGAACAUGGGCUUUUUCCCGGCGGAGAGCGCAUGAACCCCCCUCCCCCCUGAAGCUGAACUGGCCGAGCAAAGAAAAUCGUGGAGGGGCAGCUCCUGCGAAGCACAAAUCCUAUGUUAUGGGGGUACACUAACGCAACUGAGUGAGUGGUUUUGGUUGGUCGCGAGAAGUUUGGCACAUGGGGGAACGCCGCAUUACCCACCCAACCUGGGGAAUUGGCCAAGACGUGUUUGACGGGAGGCUUGGAGGCACUGGCAUGUAUGGUGGGGGGAGCCCAGGAGGAGGCCAGGAUUGAGGAAGCAGAGCCGAUCUGAGUUGUUGUGAAGAGAGGAACGCAGUGAGUGCUGCUCUAAGGGUCCCAGGACGGAGGAUGGAUGAGUCUGUGUUGUGGGUUGCUGGACAAGGACGCGUACAGGAGCUGAUUGAGGAGGCCGGAGUGGAAGAUUCUGCAGGGGAUGAUGACGAUGAUGUAGUAGGUUAGGCCAGGUUGGGUGUGUAGGAGGCAUUCCCCUUUGUAACAGCCUAAUUUGUACAUUCUUACCAUCUUUGUCUUAUUGAUUGAUCGAAUGAAUCGCAGACCUCCUGCGUUUGCAUCCAUCCAA